AGCCCCCUUUCAACAGCUUGGCGACGUUUAAUUAAAAUUUCCCACUUCCAUGCAUCAAAAACCACGAAGACAGGAAAAAUAGGAACAAAACCAAACAAGUUUCCACGAGUUCGUCUCUGAUAAGGGAAAAGAUAUGCUUACGACGGCGCAACUUGAGACACAGGGGCUGAAUGUGCAGGGGUCCAGCGGGAUUCUGAAACCUGACAACCUUGGCGAGGAGGAACGAGAGCAGAGAGGAGAUGACAGUGACAAUGAGGGGCGCCUAAAGCCGAGUCUGCAGUUUACAGGGCAUCAGCUCUUCUAUGUCUUUGGGCUUGAUGGAGUAGGCGCGAUGGCUUUAUCUGGGGGUGUGAAUUUCGCAUUGGCUUAUGUCAUGUACACCACGCAAGACACCAUCAAGAACCCAAUUCGGUUGUUUCAACUGCCAAACACACUAUCAGGCGAUGCAGCUGUAACUAUUAUCGUCCAAUGCAUUCUCACGUGGUUCGUUGAGAUGGGACUCGUCAGUUACGACCUUUCGAAACGCUCUGUUCAGCCGAUUGGCUUUGUUCCUAAGCCCUCGCAUCUGUGGCUUCGAUGGCUGUUUUUUCUUCCACCAGUAUCUGAUCUAAGCGACUCCGAAGUUGAAGAGAAGGAGCCUCAGAGAAAAUCCACAGUUCCUCCUGUACUUACGACAAUCGUGCAAGGGGCACUAAGAGGUUUUAUACUCGCUGUCGUGGGUUUCUUACUCCUCUGGCCACUGAGCGUGGGGGUUUUGACCACAGUUGGAGAACGCGAUGGCGGGGAUUGGAGAUAUAAAGACCGCUGGACGCCACAGGCUUUCAAGGCGAUUCUUGGCGGUGUUCUAGGUUUACUUACGACCCCUUUGAUGGCUUUGUUCUGGCUUAUCAAGGUGGGUUGGGAGGGUAAUGAUGAAAGAGCUGAGGCGAGAGACUCAAGACGGAGUCAAUACGCUGAGGCUGAGAGGAUGAAUGCAAGGAGUUCAAGGCAGAACAGAUAUAUGGCGGAGGUAUAGACAUGCAUUCGCGAUAAACGUGGCGACGAUUGCUUGAUGGAUUAAUGACACAGAAUUAUAAUACACCACUAAUUAUGCCGGAGCAGGGUCAGGAUAGAAAUACGGGCAUCGAAGGUUGAGAUGAUGUGCCGAACCUUUACGAAAAAAUGAUAGUAAACAUUAUAUAGACUAGGUAAAGAAAGUAAUAAUAUCGUAUAAAUUAGA